UAAGAAGCGGCCUCGCAGUUUGGAAUUUCACGGUAACCGCACGCAGUGUUUCUCGGACUGUGGCUUCGUGAACAUCAAGAGCCGUUUGUUCUCCUUUCUCAUCUCGUCUUCCGGAAACAUUAGAAAAAAAAAAAAAAAAAAAAAUGGUGUGUGCCUGCCUUGUCACAGUCUUACUUGUUCUCUAUAUACUGUUCGACGUAAAUUAUUUCCUAAGGAUCUUGUUUACGUUAGGUUUGGGCAGGCUGUUACAGAAAAGAAAGAAGAUUUUCGACACCACAGUUAUCUAUGGCAUAUGUACCACGCAAGAUGUGGAUCUAUUUCUAAAACAUAUGAACAAUGCCAGAUAUCUUCGGGAACUGGACUUUGCACGUUUUCAUUACUAUGAUCUCUCUGGAAUUUACGCGGCAGCUGCAAAAAGAGGUGGGGGCGCAGUACAAGGAGCUUCAUUGACCCGAUAUCGUCGACCUGUUCCUAUUUUCACGCCGUAUAAAAUUACUACGAAGUUAAUAUACUGGGAGGACAAGCACUUUUAUCUGGAGCACGAAUUCAUUAGUUUGACGGACAACUUUGUACGUGCUGUUGUUCUUAGCAGACAAACUGUCACAAAUUUGAAGACCCCGGUCUCGGAGUUAAUCGCUGAACUGGAGCCAAACGCGCAACGACCUGCCUUGACCAAGGAGUUAGAAUUAUGGAUCGCUUCUAUGGAGGAGUCCUCUCAGAGAUAUAAAAAGCAUAAUUAAAGAUUGUGUUUCUUUUUUUAUGUCACUUUUGCUCAAUGCGUACUUUACCGUACUGCUUAUUUUACAAAUUAAAAUGUUAAUAUAUCAACGAUUCCACUUUUUACAAUACGAUGUAUAUGUAAUGGAUUUCAAUCGAUUCGUUAAACAUGCAAGUGUUUCACAUUUA